AUGCGAAUCGGUCGGAUUCUCAGGUUUGCGGAAGAUCUGACGGCUUUUGAGACAUUGGUGCUGUGGAUUCGACUGAUAUCAUCUGCACUAAUUAUAGCACUGGGUUUGGCUAUAACAAUUGGACCUGUAACCGCUCCUAGAACAUUCAGGGUCGCUAAGUUUGGUACCAAGUCUACUGAUAUUAUUGGUGGUCUCUUCAAGGAAUUGAAAGAGGCCGUUGAGGUGUAUGGUUCAACAGAUGUUAACAAUGGUGUGGGCUUAACCACUUCAGAGAUAUUCAUUCUUACAGCCUAUACAGCCAGUCAGAUCAAUGAUGUCCCACAGUAUAUUGCUGUUUCUAUCUACGGAAGGUGCGAUAUCAGUUUCAAUACAACGCAAGCACUCAAUAAGAAGGGAGAAGUAGUGGAAGUGAGGAACUCUUCAAUGGUAGAAGUCUGCCAUCGUACGGGUCGCGAUUAUGUGUUCGAUUACCGUGAAGUACUUUCACAGCUUGGUAUGGAUAUUGUUCUAGUUUACGCCUACGAUCAGGAGGUAUCAGCACCAUUGGGGUUGUCUAAUACUUACAAUGAGUAUAUGAAAGAACUGCGACGGAAGAAAGUUAAUAUGGCCAAUCUAUUGAUCUCUGCCCUUGUCCUGGAAGGUGCCAUUCUCAUAUUAACCCUGUGGUAUUAUACAAUAAAGGGACGGCUCAUAAAUCCGUUGAAAGAGCGCAUCCUUGGACAUACAAUAUCACUUCUGUCGCUUGUUGUCUUUAUUUUGGGGCUAACAGGUACGAUAAGUUUGGCGUGGCUUGCACUUAAGCUAAAAAAUAGGAUUAUAACUGAACUGAGUGUCUACGGUUUUACUUACGGCCUUGGGUUCACCUGGUUCACGUGCCUAUGGCUCUUUGCAUUCGGAAUACUUGUAUCCACGCUGGCUUGGUCGGGUCUUGAAUGGUGCAUGUCCGAUGUUCAACAGCCCUACAACGAUGGCACUCAAAAUAACAUCCUGCGGUACCAGACUGGAGUAUUCACUGAUGCUGGUGAUGCUUCUAGUAACAAUUUAUCUGAUGAUGGAGAAUCGUCCGAUAAUCAUUUGCGACUCACGCGCAGUGGUGGAAGAAACGCUUCUGUGGAUAGCGAUAGCGCUGAAGAAGUGGAACUACAGGAUAUUGCAUUGUACUCAAGUGAUGACAGUGACGUCAAUUUCAAGAGGACUUUAAACCCGUCAUCGACCAUGUAUUUUUGA